AUGAGCGGGGCUGGCCUGCUGCCUCGCGGGCUCGAUCUCUCGGCUGUUUCGGUCGAGCCUCCGCGCGAGGCAGAGCACGGCGAUGCGGCGUGCAAUGCGGCACUGGUCCUCGCCAAGCAGGCGCGACGCAAGCCGCGCGAAAUCGCCCAGAAUUUGGCUGAGCGGCUGCAGGGGCGCGCAGACAUUCGUGCCGUCGAAGUGGCCGGCCCCGGCUUCGUCAACCUCAGGCUCACGGACGAGUUCUGGUGGGCGCGGCUGGCGGAGCUGCUCCAGACCGGCCCAGGGUACGGCGCCACAGACCUCGGCCGCGGCCGGGCGGUCAAUGUCGAGUACGUCUCGGCCAACCCGACGGGGCCGCUCCACGUCGGGCACGCCAGGGGCGCGGUGGUGGGCGAUGCCCUCGCCAACCUGCUCUCGCAUAUGGGUUUCGCGGUGACGCGCGAAUAUUACGUGAACGACGCCGGCGCGCAGGUCGAUACGCUGGCCCGCUCGGUCCACGCCCGCUACCGCGAGGCGUGCGGCGAGACGAUCGGUGCCAUUCCCGAGGGGCUCUAUCCGGGAGACUAUCUGGUGCCCGUCGGCGAGGCGCUUGCGGCCCGCGACGGCCGCCGCUGGCUCGAAGAGCCCGAAUCGGCCUGGCUGCCCGAGAUCCGCCGCUUUGCCACCGACGCCAUGAUGGACCUCGUGCGAGCCGAUCUCGAAGCGCUGGGUGUGCGCCACGAUCUGUUUCGCUCGGAGCGCGCGCUGGUCGGCGAGGGCCGCGUCGAUGACGCGUAUGCGGCGCUGGAGGGGUCCGAUCUCAUUUACCGCGGCGUACUGGAGCCGCCCAAGGGCAAGCGCGAUGAGGACUGGGAGCCGCGCGAACAGAGUCUCUUCCGCGCCACCGCCUUCGGCGACGAUACGGACCGGCCGCUCAGGAAGUCGGACGGCACCUGGACCUACUUCGCCACCGAUAUUGCCUAUCACCGCGACAAGAUCGAGCGCGGCUUCACCGACCUGAUCGACGUCUGGGGCGCCGACCACGGCGGCUACGUCAAGCGAAUGAAGGCUGCUGUAUCAGCGCUUUCCGGCGAUUCGGCGAGCCUCGACGUGAAGAUCUCGGGCCGGGCGCUUCGUCACCUGCGCGAUGUCGUCGAUGAGGUCGGGCGCGACGUCGUCCGAUUUAUCAUGCUGACCCGCCGCAACGAUGCGCCGCUCGAAUUCGAUCUCAACCGGGUUACCGAGCAGUCGCGGGACAAUCCUGUCUUCUACGUUCAGUAUGCCCAUGCCAGGGCGUGCUCGGCGCUGCGCCGCGGGGCGGAGAUCGUGCCCGAGCCCGAGCUUGCGCUUGCCGCUCUCGCCCGCGUCGACCUCGCGUGCCUGGACGAUCCGGCCGAACUCGACCUGAUCCGCCUGCUCUGCCAAUGGCCACGGGUGCUGGAGGGCGCGGCGCUCACCCACGAGCCGCACCGGAUCGCCUUUUAUUUGCAUGACCUUGCGGGCGCCUUUCAUCUGCUCUGGACCAGGGGCAAGGACGACCCGCGGCUUCGCAUCGUCGAUGGCGAGCGACUUGCGGAGACACGCGCCCGGCUCGCAUUGAUAAGCGCCCUCAAGAUCGUUAUUGCGGAGGGGCUGGCAUUGUUCGGAGUCGAGCCGGUGCAGGAGAUGCGAUGA